GGGAAGUAUUGUUUGGGAAGCGGUCGAGGUCUGACAGACUUAGGUCUCGACUGGGGAGAAGCAACACAGAAAGGUAAUGCUCACUGUUUUUGAACAAGCGAUCAGUUAUUUAUAUUAGUAAACGGGAAUGAAUCAUCAAGCACCAUUAGUAGCCUAUGCCUCGGAAGAUGAAGAGGAAGCCGAAAAAGAAGAUUUGUCCGAAAAACCGUGUGAUGAACAGUUCAAAGGCAAAUUUCCGGCAUCACCACCCAACCAGUUAGCUGCUCCAGUGUUAAAUGAGAAGUUUCAUGAAUUUUUGCGGUUAAAGGACAAUGGUGUUCAUUUUCACAUGAGAUUGUUAGAAAAUAGCGACUUUCAAAACCCAAAUUUGCUUGAUUCUUUGGAAAAGCAUAUUCAUGUUGAAGAUCCAAGUGGGUCAAUGCUCCCCGCAGAGAUAUGGGAUCGAAAAUUGUUACCUAAAGCAGCAUAUGCUCGAACAAUGUACAAGGCUCAAGAGGAUAAUGAUGUCGAACGUCGUAAAAAACGAAACGCAAUUGCUUUCAAAAGUGAAAUGUAGUAACUUGCACAUCACACUGAAUGAGCCGCAAGACAGAAUGUUUCAGUCAUUAAUCCAGGAUGCUGAAUUGUUAUUCUUAUCUGGUGUCCGGUGAAAUGGGUGACAAUUCCUGCAUGGAUGUGCGUAACAAUUCUACGAUCCUUUGGAAACUCCAGAUGCCAACAGUCUGUAUACGCCGUCGACGAAUAUCUUGAUCAACCACGUCACGCGCGAAGGACUCGUGCACCUAUGUUGUUAGCGAUAAUGUCUUAAAUUUUUCUUUGCGACUGUAGAAGAACUGCAUUUACACGCUUAGUUAUAAAAUGGUUUCUUUCCAUUUGUCACAACGUUCUCAAGCGUAAGGCUUACCCUUGAUGAAAGCUCUUGCAAAAUCCCGCUAUCUGACAGUGUCCAACUACCAUCAAAAUCGGAUAACGGCUUUAUAAACCGACACGAUACGGGAAUAUAAGUGCGACUGGAGUUAAUGUAUGCAACUAUGGGCCGAAUAAGCGCGUUGUUCACAUAACUCACAUCUGAAGUGAAGAUCGGAACAGCUGCACGGAGAUUAUUAAGUCGCAAGCGUACGUCAAACCAAACAUUAGGACUAGCUUCCUUAAUUCUAAGUUUUGAUGACUCUGCACCGUUUGACGGCUGUUUCUUUAUAAUUUGGUUCCAAACUUCGCGAGAGAGUUGUCGCAAAGUUGGUUUUUUUGGUUCUGGGGGGAACGCUAGGUCAAUAAUGAAAUCAGCGUUUCCAUGAGUGAUCCAGCUAAAAGUGCCAGUAACAUCUCUGUUUAAAUGCCGAACACCGACACCGUCUAUACGUAGUCUGCUGUAAUGGGAACCAGGCGGACCAAAGCUUGUGUUUCUACGCGCCGACGGAGGCUGCAAUUGCAGACGGUGAAUAGUAAACAUGCUGUUAUCAAAACUUCCCGUCAACGUGUUUGCAUUCAAAAAGUCAUAUAAAAGCCAUUGCUUUCGUAAACGUGGCAAUUCACAGAAGAAAACAUUCACGGGAAAUCUGGUUGGUCCGUCUGGCUGUAGAACCGUCACGCGGAGGUCUUCUAGUUUAAAACGUUCAAACUCGAAGUCACCCCAAUUGUGCUUACGUCUGUAAUCACGAGGAUCCAAAGUCAAAUCCUGUUUUAAGAAACGACGAUCAACCACUCCAUGCACGCCGCGCAAGUACAGUUCUCUUAUGAUACCCUUUCCGUUAAGCCAACGAACAAAACUAAACGAGACAUCGGCCUUUUCAAUGGUCAAGUCGAAUUGUGUGUAAUCUUCGUUUUUCUGUAUCAUGUUCUUCGGUGCCAAGACGAUUGGUUGAUUAGCUGAACGAGGCUCUUGUGUUUUUUGGUUUACAGAGUGAACAGGCUGGGGAGAAAUCUUCUUUAAGGAAGGUUCUUCGUGUUCUGGCCUACGAUGCAGAACCAUUUUGUUUACCGUAAUUAAACCUUUUCGCCAAUUAGGAACAAUUGCACUGUCAAAACUAACGUGGAAUCCAGUAUUGCGCGUGACCAACUGACUGAUCCAUUUUGCAAGCAGCUCCUGAGCAAAAACGGUAUUUAAUAAAUAUAUAAGCAAUGAGAAAAAGGUUGUUGUACCAACAACGAUCCAAAUGAUAUGGCUAACAAGCCACCAGCUGAAGAAGGCCGAGACAUUGUCAACAGUUAGAGGUUUGCUUUGCCGAAACAGUAAGUUUUUGAGUUUGUGAAAAGUAUUACCAAAUGGACGUUUCCAAUGCGUAGAAAAAAACGACAGUUGACGAACAUUUUGCCAUUGAUGCCUUUUAAACCAUUGAUUCCGCGGUAAAACGGAUUUUCUUUUUUCGAGAGCCCGUGGAGAAUUUUGCUUUAUUCUAUAGUUGGAAGAAUGCACGAAACGAACCGAGUUUAUUCGUGUCCGUGUUAUUGAUUGAGCUCUAACGGAGAGUGGGAUAAUGUUUGUCCGCAGAGAACGGAAUAAAGUAUGGCGAGCUAUUUGUACGGCUCCAUGUCCAGGCAUGAAUGUUUUUUCGUAGUUUGUGAUAAAGUCGAGAAUGGAAGGAUUCCGGCUCAGUUAGAUAUAGAAAG